UAGUUCUUUCUAUAUUAGACAUAUCUAUAGACCUGCUUAUGCGAUAGCAUAUUUCUUUAAAUAUAUUUCUUAAUUAUCACCUGUCCGAUCAUUUCGUUAACAAACGAAAUUAUUAAAGCUACUAUUAAUAAUUGAUAUUAUUUAUAUUUGAAGUAAAAGGAGAAAAAGUUGUAUAAGACAAAAUGGAUAGUGAUACUCCUUUGAUAUAUGGACUUGAAUUUCAAACUAGAGCACUAUCAGCACAGACUGCAGAAACUGAUAUCGUUAGAUUUCUAGUAGGAACUCAAUCGUUAAAAUUUACUAACAAUCAAGUACAUUUAGUUGAACUUAACGAAGAGACCAAUGGUUUAAACACACAGAUAUUUCAACAUCCGAUAGGUGAAAUAUGGUCGUUGCAAGCAUCGCCGACUGAACCUUCUUUAUUUAUUACAUGUUACAACAGUUUAAAUGAUGAAGGAACAUGCCAAAUGAAAGGAGCCCUUUGGAAAUUACCUGAAAUUAAAGAAUAUACGAAUGACAGUAUACAGUUGGAUAUGCUAGCUGAAAUUGACACAACAAAAUAUGGUACUGACUUGAAAACUAUUGCAUAUCAUCCUAUGGACGGUGCAAAAGCUAUAUCGGUUGUAGACAAUCGCUUUGCUCUGUGGGACCUGGCUAAUAGUAAACCGCAAGUCAUAGUAUCAGGUAUAUUGUCUGGGAAAAAUCUACCACGUUUCACAACUGGUAAAUGGAAUCCUCACAACGGGUGCAAUCAAUUUGUAACGCUAGAUGAAAAUAAUAUUCAAGGUUGGGAUUUAAGAGCCCCGUCUGAUCCUUCGUGGAUAAUUUCGUCUGCGCAUUCGCAGAUAAUUAGAGAUUUAGACUUCAACGUGAAUCGGCAAUACUUCUUGUCUACCUGUGGUGAUGAUGGAUAUAUGAAAUUCUGGGAUAUACGAGUACCAAAUGAGCCUGUCUUAUCGCGUAUGGAACAUUCUCAUUGGGUUUGGAAUAUAAGAAUCAAUCGUUUUCACGAUCAAUUGGUUUUAACAUCUAGCAGCGAUUCUAGAGUUAUUUUAUAUAGCAUCGUAUCUAUUUCUUCCGAACCAUACGGGCAUAUAGUUUCACCUGAGGAUGAUAACGGACAAGCUGAUGAAAUGUGUCAAAAAGAUAAAUUAGAAGACGGAGUUGUCGAGAGGUAUGAAGAACACGAGGAUAGUGUAUAUGCAGUAGAAUGGUCCUCUGCCGAUCCUUGGACAUUCGCUUCGUUGAGUUAUGACGGUAGAUUAGUAAUUAAUAAAGUCCCACGCAAAUACAAAUAUCGAAUAAUUCUCUAAAUUAUAUGUAAUAUUUAUUAGAUGGCU